AGAUAGACAGACAGACAGGGUUAGGGUAGACAGACAGACAGGGUCAGGGUAGACAGACAGGGUUAGAGUAGACAGACAGGGUCAGGGUAGACAGACAGGUUGUGUUUUCUGACAUGAAGUCAGUGACCCUCCUCAUCUAAAGGGUUAUUAUGGCCCUCAGAACAGGCUGCAGGCGCAUCCCGCCAGUGGUCUACCUGCUUGUACUGUCAGGAUGCAUUUCUGCAUCUCAGAGAAAUGACAAUGUCUAUGUGUCAGGGAUUUCUAACGCCUGUGGUGAUGUGGCAGAGCUCCUGCGGGCGUCCAACGGCGUCAUCACCAGCCCCGGUUGGCCCUUUCAGUAUCCGGCCAGACUGAACUGCAGCUGGAAUAUCAGAGCACGACCCGGAGACACCAUCACCAUCAGUUUCCAGGACUUUGACCUUCAGGGUUCCCAUCGUUGCUCCUCGGACUGGAUGUCCAUCAGCAGCUACAGGAGCCUGGAUGGGCUCCGGGUUUGUGGUUCCUCCUUGCCUCCACCUUAUAUCUCCUCCCAGGACCACGUCUGGAUCCACUUCCACUCUGACGAAAGUCUGACGGGAAAAGGCUUUAGGCUCUCCUACAUCACUGGUAAAGCAGAGGUCUCCAGCUGUGACGUGGACCAGUUCCACUGCUCUAAUGGGAAGUGCGUCCCAGAUUGGUGGCGCUGUAACUCCAUGGACGAGUGUGGAGACAAUUCUGAUGAGGAUCUGUGCGUUGAGUCUCCGUUCUCCUUCCAGCCCUGCAGUCUGAACCAGUUCCCCUGUCUGUCCCGCUACACCCGGAUCUACACCUGUCUGCCCCACAGCCUGAGGUGUGACGGCAGCAUCGACUGCCAGGACCUUGGGGAUGAGAUCGACUGUGACGUUCCCACUUGUGGAGAAUGGUUGAGGAACUUCUACGGCUCCUUCAGCUCUCCAAACUACCCAGACUUUUACCCUCCAGGAAGUAACUGCACCUGGCUGAUCGACACGGGAGACCAUAGGAAGGUCGUCCUGAGGUUUACUGACUUUAAACUGGACGGGACGGGUUACGGCGACUACGUGAAGGUGUAUGACGGCUUGGAGGAGAACCCUCGCCAUCUCCUCAGGGUGCUGACUGCCUUCGACUCCAGAGCGCCUGUCGCUGUGGUUUCAUCUUCCGGUCAGCUGCGAGUUCACUUCUACGCCGACAAGAUCAAUGCUGCCAGAGGCUUCAACGUCACCUACCAGGUGGACGGGUUCUGCCUGCCAUGGGAGGUUCCAUGUGGGGGUAACUGGGGCUGUUACACCGAACAGCAGCGCUGUGACGGGUACUGGCAUUGCCCCAACGGUCGUGAUGAGCUGAACUGUUCUACAUGUCAGGAGGAUGAGUUUCCCUGUUCCAGAAACGGAGCCUGUUACCCUCGAUCGGACCGCUGCAAUUAUCAGAACCGCUGCCCUAAUGGUUCUGACGAGAAGAACUGCUUCUUCUGCCAGCCCGGAAACUUCCACUGCAAGAACAACCGCUGUGUGUUUGAGUCGUGGGUGUGCGACGCUCAGGACGAUUGCGGCGACGGCAGCGACGAGGAGAGUUGUCCCGUCAUCGUUCCCACCCGAGUCAUUACUGCCGCCGUCAUUGGCAGCCUCAUCUGUGGCCUCCUAUUGGUCAUAGCCCUCGGCUGCACCUGCAAGCUCUACUCACUGCGCAUGUUUGAACGCAGGUCAUUUGAGACCCAGUUGUCCAGAGUGGAAGCAGAGUUGCUUCGGAGGGAAGCCCCCCCCUCAUAUGGUCAACUGAUCGCCCAGGGACUGAUCCCACCUGUGGAGGAUUUCCCAGUGUGCUCUGGGAGCCAGGCUUCCGUCCUGGAGAACCUCCGUCUGGCUGUGCGCUCUCAGCUCGGCUUCACCUCCCUGAGACUCCCUUCCUCGGGACGUCACAGCAACCUGUGGCGUCGUCUCUUCACCUUCUCGCGGUCGCGGCGGUCCGGUUCUUUGGCGCUUGUCUCUGCUGACCUGGAGGACAGCACCGGCACCGUGAGCUCAGACCUGCUGUCUCCGGACUCGGACGAUACGGACACAGGGGGCUUGGGCGCAGUGGGCGGGCCCGUCGCCCCCCUCCCGCAAAAGACACCUCCCUCCGCCGCCGUGGAGGCGGUAGUAUUUGUGACUUCCUCCGUGACCCCGACGCCCACCUGUGGGCAAGGUCGUGAUAGGCUCAGAGAGAACCCGCCCCCAUCAAGCCCUGCCCCCGUGGUAACUCCCAGUCCAGAUCCUGAACAACACAGCGACGCCUCAGAGUUCCAGGCUCCGCCCACCUCUGCCCUGCAGCGACUGGUCCAGAACUUGCAUCGCCUCGCCAGGAACUUGACCAGAACCAGCCUUAACUGGCAGGACCAGAACUGGACCAAUCACAGUCCACUUCACCAUCUGGAGACCGGUAUAAGUGGGUCCGAGGCAGUAGAGCAGCGAGACAACGGAGAAGAAGAAGAUGUGGAGCUCCUGAUCCCAGUCUCCGAUUUCGACUCCUCCUCUUUACUUGUCACCGACAUCCGGCAGCCGCUGCUAGAACCGUACCUUUCUUCUACCACAGGCCACGCCCCCCGCCACAAUAGUGGAAACAGAGGAGGGCGGGACGGCCCCUGUGAACACUGUGGGAUGGUCCACACGGCUCAGAUCCCAGACGCCUGUCUGGAGGCCACGGGCAAAACGGAGAGCAGCGACGACGAGCUGCUGCUGCUGUGCUAACGAGCUAACUGACUGGUACUACACAUACAGUUAGCUAACAAGAUAGCUAGCUGACUGGUACUACACAUACAGCAAGCGAACAUGCUAACUGACUGGUACUACACAUACAGUUAGCUAACAAGAUAGCUAACAGACUGAUACUACACAUACAGCAAGCUAACAUGCUAACUGACUGGUACUACACAUACAGUUAGCUAACAGACUGAUACUACACAUACAGUUAGCUAACAUGCUAACUGACUGGUACUACACAUACAGUUAGCUAACAAGAUAGCUAACAGACUGGUACUACACAUACAGUUAGCUAACAGGCUGCUGUGCUAACAUGCUAACUGACAGACUGCUACUACACAUUCUACCCUGAUACAACACCUACAGUUAGCUAAUAUACAGCAGAAAGAAAAUUCUGAAUAUUUGCUGGCGAUUUUUAGAAUAUUGGAAGAUUCGUGCUCCAUACAUUCCACCCAAAUGUAAAAUGCCACACCGUGAGUGUGCAAGACAAUACGAGGUCUCGUGGUCACUUCAUAAUGGUUAUGAUACAUCUCCGUGGACAAUACGAGGCCUCGUGGUCAUUUCAUAAUGGUUAUGAUACAUCUCCGUGGACAAUACGAGGCCUCAUGGUCUCUUCAUAAUGGUUAUGAUACAUCUCCAUGGACAAUACGAGGCCUCGUGGUCAUUUCAUAAUGGUUAUGAUACAUCUCCAUGGAUUUCUCAAUCAAAGACAGUGAGCUCAUAUAAAACACAGCACUGCAAAAUCCAAAAGUGUUGGAUGUGUUGCGGAUCAGCUCAUAGAGAUAAAUAUAGACAGAGAAAAUGGCAGUAUGAUUUAUUAGAAUACAUUAUUCACAUUUGUUCUGAUAAGACCCUAGUAAUGUUAAUACUGUAACACAUCUUCACUUCACAAGCUAGUAUCUCACACUGGACUGCAACUAGCCGACAAAGCGAACACUUUAGACUGGACUUCAAAUAGUAGCAUGCUAACAGAUUUGACUGGACUUCAGCUAGUAACAUGCUAACAGAUUUUACUGGAUUUAAGCUAGUAACAUGCUAACAUAUGUGACUGGACUUCAGUGACAUGCUAAUGCUUGAAACAUAACUCAAGCUAGCUAACUUUGACUCGACUAAACCUACACCUGUUAGCAUGUUAGUUUGAUUCAAUGUUAGCUCAGUGAUGUUAGAGAUGAACAGACCAAUCGGAGGCCGAGAGGAGAGAUGCCACUGAUUGGUUUCUUUUGCUGGUACAAUGAUGAACACUCUUCACUGACGUUCCUGCGGUCCGUCCGUGAACUCUUUUCUUCUCGCUGCAGGCGCACUUCCUGCUCAUUUGUCCGACUGUAAAUUGUGUCCUGACAGAACAAACUGAUGAGAACAUUAAGAUUAAAGUGCUCUGAUUCGGGGACCUAUUGCGACUCCUGGGACCCCAUCCCCCACCCCAAGGAAAUGAUGAGGGUCAUGUGACCAAUGGAGGUAGCCAACGAUUUCAGGCUAGUUGAACUGUAAAGCCAACACAGGUCUCUUCCACCGGGGUACCCUAUAGUCUACAAAGAGAUAAUUCUGGAUCUGUAGUGGUCUGUACAGACAACCUGGACCUCAACCAUCUGGAUCGGUCUGUGAAGACAACCUUCUGGAUCGUUCUGUACAGACAACCUUGUGGAUUGGUCUAAAGACAACCUUCUGGAUCGGUCUGGAAAGAGAAUGUUCUGGUUUUGAAAAGUUAAGAGUCACAUUUCCACUUAAAAUAUUCAACAUAAAUGACUUGGUUUCAUAUUGUGGCGAACCAGAACGGUACCAUCUAAGGGUUGGAGUUGAAGAACAGUUGAGAACUGAACAGGAACAGGCCUUUAGAACCACUCACGAGGCUUCAGAACCAGAAGGUCUCAUGUCUACAGAUGUAUAAAAGGACAUCAAAGUUGUGAGUUAUUAUUUUAAUUCAGAUUUUGUGACAUCAAGCUCCUCCUCAGACUGAAGCCAUUUAAACUGUAUUUAUGAUCUCUGGAACAGUUUUUAUUGUACUCAGAUCUCAGCUGACCUUGUGUGAGUGUAUAUUUAUUAUUAUUAUUAUUGAUAUUAUUAUUAUUGAUAUGAUGUUGGUUAUCGUUGUUGUGUUGAAGGAAUACUUCACAUAAAGGUUCCUGGAGUUCUUGCUCGUUUCCGCCAUUCUUCCUUGGAGAGACGUCUGUUUAUGAACAUAAACAUGCAUCAUGCAUCAUCUGAAGCUCUGAAGUUUGUUUGAAGAUGUUAGUAAAGUACUGAGGUCACAUGGACCGGCUUAAUAAUGGACCUCAUGAAGAUGUAGCUGUAAAAGUUAUGACGGCUUUUUAACAAACACAAAAUACUUAUUUUCUCUAUUUAUGUAUUUGUGCUCAUCCAGAGGUAACGAGUACUUCUUAAAGUACCUGCAGUACCUCGUGUUCUGGUUGAGGUAUGAGAGGAAAACAAAGAAGAACUCAAGGUAACCAAGUGAGAUAUAUAUAUAUAUAUAUAUAUAUAUAUAUAUAUAUAUAUAAUUCAUUGAUAGUGUGAAGUAUUACCUUCGUUGUGGUGGAGCUGUUUUUCUGACCUGCAUGAUUCAAGCUGUUUGGUGGUUGUUUUUAUUUGUGUCUGUAAACUGUUUAACUGCACUAAAUAUUAAAGGUUCACAUUUCA